AUGCAGUCGGAUGAUCCUCCGUUUUUAAGUGUUGGCACUGAAGUUAGUGCAAAAUUUAAAGGAGCUUUUUGUGAAGCUAAAGUAAAGCGUAUGACGAAGUCUGUGAAAUGUAAAAUAUUGCUGAAAACACCACCUUAUGGUACCAUAUUCGCUGACCAUACCGAAAUAAAGGGUUCUUUGGAAGUUAAUCAACAGGUCGAAAUUGUACAGGGAAGGGCCACUUAUAAAGGCGUUAUACAGAAUAUUAAAGAUAAUAGUGUAUACGUCGUUGUCUUUAAUGAUGGCGAUGAAAGACAGUUACGACGUACACAAGUGUGCAUCAAAGGUGCGAGACAUUUUAAUGAAGAUGUCAAUUUGGAUGCUAUGCCACUCUACAAACCAGAAUCAUUCAGUAGUCCAGUAGUUCUUGACGAUCGAAGAGGAAAACAAAAAAGGAGAAAUUUGGAACAAUCAAAACAGCAACAACAGCAAUCAGUAUCAGCAAGUGUUGAAGAUAAAGAAGAUGGUGGUGAACAUGGUGGUGAUGAUGCGACAUCCAGCGAAGAUAGUUCAACACUUGAAAGUACUACUAGCACUACCCUAUCUGACACCAGUAACAGCAUCAGUGAAGCUCUAAAUGUCCCUGCACAACCAGGUCGUACACUUCGUACACGUCGAUUAACGUCUAAAUCAGUUCCAAGACGUUUAGGCAAGACGCGUAAAGAAUUUACAUUCUACAAACAAAGUGAUAGUGAUCGUGAUUUGAAAAAUGCCGAUGAGGAUGAUGAUAGCAAUAAUAAUGAUGAUGGCAAUAGUUCGGGCAAUUCGAGGGUGCGCCGUUUUGCGCGUUUACCGAAACCAUCAGUUUCACGCAUGAUUGCCGAUAAGAUUCUCACCAAAUCUAUUGCACGAACACGUAAAAAGCGUUAUGCAGCAGCAGUUGCCACGGAUGCGUUGAAACGUAUCAAAGAAUCAAGUAGCUCUUCUGGUAAGCGUAGGUUAGGUGAAGACGAUGAUGAUAACUAUGAUAAAGAUGAUGAGAACAGUAAUAUUGAUGAUGAUGAUGAUGAUGGUGAUGAUAAUAAUAAUGAUGAUGAUGAUAAUGGUGAUGGUGAUGAUAAUGAUGAUAACGAGAUUGACGAUACAGAUAAGGAAAAAGGAAGAACACAUGCACGAAAAAAGCAUUGCAGUAGUGAUGAUAAUGAUGAUGAUAAAUCCCAUACAAGUGAUAAGAAGAUGGAUGUGAUGAGUGGAAGUAGCACAAGCCGUAAGAGUGAACGAAAACGACAAGGACUUCGAGAUAAGGAAGUGGAGCCAAUGGCGAAGAAAAGGUCUAAAGAUAUUGAUAAUACGAAAAAGCUAUAUAAAGUUGGAAAUGUUGUGGCAGUGUAUGAGGAUGCUACACAUAGAGGUAAAUGGACACCAGCAGUUGUUGUUGCAGAAGUAUCGUUUAAAGCUUCAACAAAGGGAACUGUAAAUAUUGGCAAAAGUGAUAUUUUGCUGCGAAGCUUCAGGGAUUCAAAAUACUUUGCUUGUCCGAUGACUAGACUGUCUUCACCAGGUGCUUCAGUUCUCAAAUUUCCUGAUUCGUCACCUAAAGCUGCUAUGGAUCGAGCUAUCGCUUUUGUUGAAAAAGAAAUUUUUCCGGCAGGUUGGGAAAGGUCACAAAUUUAUGAUGACGAAAUACGAUCCAAGAAACGCGAUCAUAGAUCUUCUUCUACUGAUCAAAAAAAACGUUUGGAAACUUCUGGAAAAGCGAAACGAGAAACUGAGAAGAAAAUUUCCGCUGCGAGUAGCUCUUCAGAGAGCGAAGGCAGUAGUGAUGAAGAGUAUGGUGAAGAAAGAGAUCAAUUUACUGCCCAACUGUAUAAGUUCCAUGAAGAAAGAGGAACUCCAAUUAACCGAGCACCUAUACUUGGUGGAAAAGACAUAGACAUGUUUCGUUUAUAUAAUGUUGUUCAACGAUAUGGAGGUAAAAAACGUGUCACUGAAAACAAUCAAUGGAAGUUGGUUUUGCGGAAAAUGCAUUUAGAAGGUUGCCCGGGGGCAACUUCAGUUACUGUCAAAAAUGCCUAUUCGAGAUACUUGGAUCAUUUUAACUCAUUUUACCGCAAUUUGGGUAUUUCAAGUUGGUUGUCUACUCCUACACAAUCAACUUCUAGUCGUAGUGAACGUCCAAAUCGUUUGUUAGAUCGUCAUAAUAUACAGUUGCAAAGAAGAAGAUGGACAUUAAUGACAACGAAGAAAAAGGAAAAGGGACAAAAAGAAAGCUCAACUAAAGGAAAGGUAACAAAACGCGAGAAAGAUGAAGGCAUUUCACGUACGAGAAAAGAAAAAGUAAAAAAGGAUGAGCGAACUAUAAUGAAAUCUGAUAUCAGCGAAGAUGACGAUAAAAUGAAAGGUGCACUCUCCACGUCGUCGCAGAGUUCAACACCGUUACUUUGCUUAUCACCUGGUAAUAAAAUAAAGUCUAAAACGAAAGAUGAGGAAGAACAGGAAAGAGGAAGUGUGAGCGAUAGUGAAACAAUCGAAAGUACCAAAGAGAAAGGAAAUUCUAAGAUUGAAAAGGAAUCGAAGGUUAAAUGCCGAGGUCCAAAGAAAAAGGAUAAUGAGAAGGAUGCAAAUAAAGAUGAGCAACAGCCUGUUUCGAAAGUUUCCGAUCUAGAUAAAAGAACUAAAAUAUCAAAGAUUGGAAAAUCUGAGAAGAAGAUAUCUUCUGAGUGUUAUAUCAAGCGGAAAUCUCCAAGUGUUGUCUCAACUGUCUCAAAUGCCGAGCAGGGACUUAGCGAAAGUGAUGAUGAAGCACACAUUCGGCAAAUGCGCAUAAAAGAAGCUCGAAAGUUAAUCGCUGGAGGAAGUCGCCUUCCUGUUGAGCAAAAAGAAUUAUCGAUAAGCAAACGUGAUGGGAAUGCCACAGGAAAAGAUUCAGAUAUUCCUCAAGUAUUCAGGAAAGAAAAGGCCAAAGAAGGUGUACCAUGGCUUAACUGUUCUGCUGCUACAGUCUUGACGAAUUUCUAUAUGGGACAAAACGUGAAAGCUUAUCAUCAUGGUCAGUGGUAUGAUGCAAGAGUGAUUACAGUGGGUAAAAUUUCGCACAGUGAUGUCCUCUCUUCAAUGAUGGACUUCGAGGCGAGGUGCAAAGCCAUUAACGAAUCAAUGGAGUGUGAUGAGAAAGAGCGAAAAGAAGCGUUGACAAGAGCAUCGGCACGCUUAAAUGAUCGUUUAGAAGGUAUUCUCCGAGAAAUGACAUGUUGUGUACAUUACCUUGGAUGGAAUUCUCGUUACGAUGAAUGGGUUGAAUUAAUCAAAAUUAAAGUGCACGAAAAAGAUCAGAAACUAUCGGAAGAACAGUUUUUAGCGAUUGCUUCGGAUAAAUUAAGUGCUCCAACUCUUGAAGCAGCUGUGGCAUGGCGUUCAUCAGUUGAUCCAGUCAAACUUUUGGCAACUGAAGCGUGUAGUAGUGGAAUGAGAGUGAGAAAAAGCAAGGUCAGCUCAGUUCGGGUAAGAAUUCGGAGAAGGAAAAAACCUCGGCGGCUAUCGCACACCCAUGAACAUACAACACAUCUUGAGCCUCGUUCGCGUUCUACUACGUUUUCUGAAAAAAAAGUGAAAAAAGUGUUGAAAGUUCCGUUGACAAUGGCUGACUCAACGGUACUGAAAGCAUCGGAUGACUCAGCGAAGCAAAGUGCUAUCCAUCUUGCGAGCACCAAUCUUCUGACUGAAUCUGAUGCGGAAAUUGUUCUUAAUCGUUUGCCGGAAGAAGCUUCAGUUUCGGAAACAUCAUCACAUCUUUCUUUUGCCAGUGAACUUGUAUCGAGUACAAUAUUUCUUAGCGGUGUUACUGCAGAGGAAAAGUUAUCUGAAGCUAAUUCAAAUUUGAAGCGGCGUAGACUAAUGUCGGAUAACCGUUCAGUGGUUGUAGAUCUUUCAGAGAAUUCAACAAAUACACCAUUUGUCGUAUGUAGUACAUCUCCUGAAAGUGCUGCUACCAUUACAAAGGAAGAAGUUGUAGCUGAUCAUGUUUCGGUAAUACUGGAUGAAGUAUCUGGGACUAAGCAGAUUGAUGCUGAAAAAACGACAAAGUAUGAAAACGAUCAACAAUCAUCAUCCAAUGAAAGAGCUGAUGGAAAUGAUGACAAGUUGAUAGUUUUAGAAGUAACAGAAGUUGCAGAAGAAAAAGAACAACAUCCGGAUGGAAAUGAAAGGCAAACGAAAUUGAUGGUUCUAACAGAAAGUGAUGAAAUAGAUUUAAAAAAGGAUAGCGACAACAAGUCAAUGGAAACUAGUACAGUGCAGCAAAUCUUACCUACUGAUGAUCUGAUUCAAAAAAUAACUUCAUCUAAAGAAAUCUCAUUCGAAUUAGAAGCUGCAGCUGAAGAUGUAACUUUAAAAGAAUGUGAUGAUGACGCUUGGCAUCCACCAAUGUCUUUGGGACUUAAACAGCGUGGUCGUGGAAUGAAAAAGAAGAAAGUUGGUAGAAAUGCGUCGAAUACAUUGAUUGAACGUAGAGGUAUAGGAAAAGGAGGGUACAAACAAGUAAAUACUGACGAGCGAAGUAAAGAAAGUGAGGAAUGCUCAUCGAGCGAUGAUGAAAGUUUGCCAAACGUAAGGGAUAGCUGGCAUGCUUUGAAAGUACGUAUGCAGCAAAAAGUGGAAUCAGAAGGAGCUAUGGCAUAUGCUGAAAAGGAACUAAAUUUAGAACCAAUCGACGAAAAUUUGACUGGGGAAGCGCUAAUAAACAGUUAUCAGGAACGCUUGCAAGAGCUCAGAGAUAUAUACCAUAAUAUACGCGCUGAUCAAGCGCGUCUCGAUCGUCGUUGGCGGAAAACACUCGAAAAAAGAAAACAACGCGACAAGGAACACAAGAAAAAAGACGAACCAUUUGUACAAUCACCUGUAGGUGACAAUGUUAUAUAA